AUGGCAACAAAUGAAAGUGUCGGCAUCUUUAGUUCAGCAUCCUUGGCUGUGGAGUAUGUAGAUUCACUUUUACCCGAGAAUCCUCUACAAGAACCAUUUAAGAAUGCUUGGAACUAUAUGUUGGACAAUUACACAAAGUUCCAGAUAGCAACGUGGGGGUCCCUGAUAGUUCACGAGGCCCUUUAUUUCUUGUUCUGUUUACCUGCGUUUUUGUUUCAAUUUAUACCUUACAUGAAGAAGUACAAAAUUCAGAAGGAUAAACCAGAAACAUGGGAAAACCAAUGGAAAUGCUUUAAAGUACUUCUCUUUAAUCACUUUUGUAUCCAGCUUCCUUUGAUUUGUGGAACUUAUUAUUUUACAGAGUAUUUCAACAUUCCUUAUGGGUGGGAAAGAAUGCCAAGAUGGUAUAUGCUUUUGGCAAGAUGCUUUGGUUGUGCAGUGAUUGAGGAUACCUGGCACUAUUUCCUACACAGGCUCUUACACCACAAAAAAAUAUAUAAGUAUAUUCAUAAAGUUCAUCAUGAGUUUCAGGCUCCAUUUGGAAUGGAAGCUGAAUAUGCACAUCCCCUGGAAACCCUGAUUCUUGGAACUGGGUUUUUCAUUGGCAUCGUGCUUUUAUGUGAUCAUGUAAUUCUUCUCUGGGCAUGGGUGGCUGUUCGUUUGAUGGAAACUAUUGAUGUCCACAGUGGUUAUGAUAUUCCUCUCAACCCUUUAAACCUCAUCCCUUUCUAUGCUGGCUCUCGGCAUCAUGACUUUCACCACAUGAACUUCAUUGGAAACUAUGCUUCAACAUUCACAUGGUGGGACAGAAUUUUUGGAACAGACUCUCAAUUUGUUGCCUACACUGAAAAGAUGAAGAUUGGGAAAAAGACUGAAUAA